AUGACGACCAUGGAAAACGACAAGCGUCUCAAGCUUUUUAUCGGACUGGACUUUGGGACAACGUUUAGCGGUGUUGCGUGGGCAUUGGAAGGACGCAAGGGUGAUGAUGUGGAAGUGAUCCAAGAAUGGCCUGGCAAAGGGAACAGUACAUCUCAAAAGGUCCCUACUCUCAUAUCUUAUCACAAUGAUGGCUUUCAAUGGGGAUACCAGAUCGAUGACAUGAAAACCGCCAUCCGAGGCGUUAAGCUUUUGCUCCAUGACGGUCAACCCGUCCGCUAUGUUCCCGCAGCCAACAGCAAGCGAGCAAUAAACAAGCUGAAGAAGAAGCCCGUCGAUGUUGCCAGUGAUUAUAUGAAGAGCAUAGUCUCUCACGCCAAAGUCAUCCUUGAUCGCCGAGGCAUGGGGGUGCUUCUAGGGACAUUGGACAUUCAGUACAAUCUGACGAUCCCGGGCGUAUGGUCAGACAAGGCUAAGGAUUUGACAACGCAAGCUGCGUGCUUUGCUGGGAUCCCGAGAAAUAACUUGACUUUGCUCUCCGAGCCCGAAGCUGCCGCGGUAUACGCCAUCCGAGCAAUCCAACCCAACACAAUGGCAAAGGGAGAUUGUUUCAUUGUCUGCGAUGCAGGGGGCGGGACAGUCGAUCUCAUCAGCUACCAAAUCACGCAGACAGAACCUGUGAGAAUGAAGGAGGUUACAGAAGGAUCAGGCGAGGUAUGCGGGUCUGUGAUCCUGGAUGGGCUAUUUGAAGAUUACCUCAUCAAAGCCUUGGGCGCAAAGACCUACAAAGGAAUGAGUGAUGCCACCAAGCGCGUUGCGAUGCAGCGAUGGCAAAAUGACAUCAAACCUCAUUACGCAGGGCUGGAGGAUGAGGAAGGAGAUCUCGACCUAGGUUAUAUAAUCCCUAUUCCUGGGAUGCCGAAUGGCAUACUCUACAUGGAAAACGAGCACGUCAAAGCGAUUUUUGAUCAUGUGGUGGCACGGAUCGAGGGUCUAAUCGCUUCACAAAAAGAAAGUAUCCAAAAGGCGGGACUUUCGACAAAAGCAAUUAUUCUUGUUGGCGGUUUUGGUGCUUCCGAAUACGUUUACAAGAGGGUGAAAGGCCGGUUUGAAGGAACAGAUAUCAUGCAGCCACUUAAUGCAUGGUCGGCUGUGGUUCGUGGUGCCGUUUACCGUGGACUUGAGGGGAACCAAGUGGGGAAUAGAAAAGCUAGGUGCCACUAUGGCACUUGCCAUCAUGGCCACUUCAGUCGUCUUAUUCAUGAUGAUAAGGACCGCGUGUGGAGUGACGUUCAAGAGAAGUGGGGGAUUCGAUUUCCGAGGAAAGUCCCAUUAGCUUUCCUUUCGAGCGGAGCAUCCCCCAAGGGACUGCAGCUCAAGUAA